UAACCAAGCAGAGCAUUAUCAAAUAAAGAAACACUGGAGUAAUGAGUGUGUUUUGGAAAUUGCUAUUGGUUAAUAAAAUUAGUGGUAUUAAUUAGAUACUUUAAAGUUUAUAAAAUUCAGAAUACUAGGCACAUAACUUAAUACUUUAUAACCCAACACGCUUCAUAUCAAGGCACAUUUGUCAUUUUCUGAACUAACCAUAAUAUAUCUGGGGGCAUCCCAUUUAUAAGAAUAUCUGCUGGAGUCUUCAUUAGUGGAAAGAUCAGGAAGUCGAACUUAAGAGUAUAUUUGACCAGGAAAAUUAAAAUGGAGAAGACUUGAUUUGUUGUUUGAGUUUACGUGAGAUGUACUCUUAUUCAUAAAAUCAGAGGUACAUUAAAUGCCAAAAACUGUUCUCUACACAGGCUCCAAGAUGAUAGCAUGGCAGAGAAAGGCCACCUAGCAGGCGGCAGGUUGGGCUUAGCUAAACCGUGUGAUGCAGGAUUUCCACAGUAACUUGCUGCUGCUUGGGCUACACACUGUAGCACCCUUUCUCCUGGUCUAGAACUUUUGUGUGUAUGUGUGUGUUUUGAAAAAAAUUUCAGACUUAAAGGACAGUUGCAGGAGUGUGAAUUCCCAUAUGCCUUUGUCUGGGUUGACCAAUUGUUAACAUUUUGCUACAUUCACUUUUGGAGAAGGAAAUGGCAAUCCAGUCCAGUAUUCUUGCCUUGAGAAUCCUAUGGACAGAGGAGUCCAUGGGGUCACAAAGAAUCGGACACGACUGAGUGACCAACACACACACACAUCUUCACUUUACCACCCUCUACGUAGUGUUACUAUUGUAUUUUUGCUCAACAGUGUAAGGAUAGGUUGCCCACAUCUGGGACCUUAACUCCUAAAUACGUUGGUAUGUAUUUCCUAAAAUCAGACAUUCUUGUACAUAAUCAUAGUACAUAUAAUUCAGGAAGUUUUAACAAUGGCACAAUAGUAGUACCUAAUAUAUGGUCUAUAUUACAAUUUUUCUAGCCAUUCCUAAAAUGUCACUUGUAUUGACUUUUCCCCCCAAACACAAUAUCAUGCACUGCCAUUAGUUGACAUGUCAGUUUUAUUGCUUUGGAACAUGUUUUACUUCUGUUUAGAAUUAGAGCGUGGUUUUUCAACUCAUCUCCUACAAGCUCUGUUGAAGUGAAAAAAAAAAAAAAAGAUACUGGGGAUUUCAAGGUGGCUGCUUGCUAAAAAACCAAAUUGCCCAGGUAAGAGGAUCUUCUUUGUUUUUAAUUUUGAAAAAUUUGGCUGGGUUUUGGUGUCUUGACUCAGCAGAGUCUAAUGCAGCAAGGCUUGGUAAGCAUUAAAGAGGGUACUGAAGCUUUCCUUUAUUUCAUAAUCCCGAUUGUUUUUCUAGAAACCAUCAAUAGCCUGUAAAUGACUGACUCAAUUUUUGGAUCCUAUUCUCAUGACUAAGCAAAUGUUUGAUUUGAAACCAGCCCAGUAUAAAUGUCUCUGUGCCUGUAACUCUCUAGCCAUUCCUGGAUUUCAGCACUGGGGAAACCAAUCUAUGCACCAAACAUGUCUAAAGCUGGAACCAAAAUUACUUUCUUUGAAGAUAAAAACUUUCAAGGCCGCCACUAUGACAGCGAUUGUGACUGUGCGGAUUUCCACAUGUACCUGAGCCGCUGCAACUCCAUCAGAGUGGAAGGAGGCACCUGGGCUGUGUAUGAAAGGCCCAAUUUUGCUGGGUACAUGUACAUCCUACCCCGGGGCGAGUAUCCCGAGUACCAGCACUGGAUGGGCCUCAACGACCGCCUCAGCUCCUGCAGGGCUGUUCACCUGUCUAGUGGAGGCCAGUAUAAGAUUCAGAUCUUUGAGAAAGGGGAUUUUAAUGGUCAGAUGUACGAGACCACGGAAGACUGCCCUUCCAUCAUGGAGCAGUUCCACAUGCGGGAGGUCCACUCCUGUAAGGUGCUGGAGGGCGCCUGGAUCUUCUAUGAGCUGCCCAACUACCGCGGCAGGCAGUACCUGCUGGACAAGAAGGAGUACCGGAAGCCCGUCGACUGGGGUGCAGCUUCCCCAGCUGUCCAGUCUUUCCGCCGCAUUGUGGAGUGAUGAUACAGACGCGGCCAAACGCUGGCUGGCCUUGUCAUCCAAACAAGCAUUAUAAAUAAAACAAUUGGCAUGCA